UUUUCCUAGUAGCGAUAUUUCCUUAUCGUAGCUAUUUAAUUCAAACGUGAUUGAAAGAAACUUUUGAUAUUCUGACUUAAUAUCCCUAUGAAGAGAUUGCUAAUCAACGCUUAUCCAUACAGUGCUCGCAAACUGGAACUCGGCACACGCAGCUGCACCCUUUCCCCCUGCUCGUAUCGAGCAGCUCGUGGGCCUGUUUGUUGCCGCUCGUCGCCGCUACCUGGUAAAGAACCAACCCAUGGAAGCUAGCGAGGCCGCCUUAGACCUGGCGUUUGUUGUCGAUCGAGCAAUCUCAAUCAUCGACAAUAUCGACAGUACACUAUCUGCAAGACGCCCCCCUGGCCUAAAGGCUCCUCAAGGCACCAAAUGCAGUUACGCCUGGCCUCCUAGUCGUUUUAGCCCACUUGAUAUUGCGAUCAUAGCAGAGACCGCAACUCGUAAAGCACUUUAUGGUGUAAAUAACAACCACCCACUGAAUGAAAAGGAUGCACCGCUGUAUCCAAAUGACCAGGAUCAACCUCUCGUUGCCCGAAAAUUCCUUUGCUGGCUGUCUUUGGUUGAGACAAAACCUCUUUCCAAGACAUCACUUUUUCUUGCCCCUGUCGCAUUUCUUGCCCACCAAGAGCGUGAGGACUGGUACAGGAUCACGGGACACAAAUCUCGUUUCUACGCCACUGUCAGUGAGUUCAUCGAUUAUGCUCGCGCCGAGUUCGAGAAGGUUGGAGCAAACUCAAAGCACCAUGUGAUGGGCCUCCUUACACCUUGGUUCUUUGAGAAGAACGAGAUUGUGGCAGAUGCAGAGAAACGAGGCAGAGCCAUACCAAUUUCCUGGGAGAGAGGUUGCUUUCGAGCUGGAAUGAUGCUGCGUAUCAACAAGAUCAGAGAACCCAACGCAGAUCCAAGCUACCAAGUUGUCUUGUUUAAGCCAAGUUCGCCAAUUUACGCGGGUGCUGUUGAUCAACGGCCGGGUCGACGAGAGAAGCAGGAUGAAUGGAUAGAUAAGUUAUGGCAAGAGUUGCACGCGGGUUUUGCUCCUCAAGAGAGAUGGAUUGGGGGAGCGAUACACAUUCAUCUCUACCCCGUUUCCAGAAACGUCCCGCCAGAUUCUGUAGAGGUAACAUGUGAGCUCAUCGAAGCGACCAUGCGAGACGGAAGCACCUUUCCCACCACCUCAGCCGAGUUUCUCAGGAGAGGUUACACGCGUAUGGGACAAUACCAGGAACGCAAACCUGGUCACUGAGAUGACGUCGAUCUCGAGGGAGGACUUCAUGUUACACACUAGCUUAUAGCUAGUAGUCAUGGGUGGUUUUCGGUAGGACAGUCUAUGAUUAAUACGACAUGCUACACGCGUAUUCUAUCGGAACCAUAAAUGCUGAAUUGUCCUGAAUUGUAAAUUUACUGGCA